CCAAAGUUCUCAAUCUUGAAAACUCCAAAGUCCAUUCCCAACUAGUCAAUAGUCAUAUAAAGACAUACACAUAAGAAAAAUAGUUCAUGGUAGUGAGGUAGAGAGGGAAACAGAAACAAAUAAAACAAAGCAACUUUGGCAAGUAAAGAGACCUUGUUAUCAUGGUAGUUGCCACCAUGGCAUGGCGUCACAAGGCGGUGCCAAGGGCUGAAGUCCUCGGCAUCCUCGCCUUUGACGCCGGAAAAACCAUGUGCCACCUAAUCUCCCUCUACCACUCCCUCUCCGACAAAGAAAUAACCAAGCUUCGCAAAGAGGUGAUCAACUCCAAAGGGGUAACAUACUUGAAUUCUCAACAUGAGUGCUUCCUUCUCAACCUUGCCGCCGCAGAGCGCCUUGAGGAGCUUGACACGGCCGCAGACACUGUCUCACGGUUCGGCCGGAAAUGCUCCGACCCCAGCCUCAGCCGCUUCGACCUCGUCUACGCCGACCUCAAGCUAGGCCUCAUCGACCUCCGCAAGCUUAGUUACGGUGCUCGAAACACCCCAAAGAUCAUCUCCAAAAUGGAAAAGUUUGUUUCUUCUACCAGAAGUCUUUAUUUUGCCAUGGAAUACAUGGCGGAACUCGAGGCUUCUGAUAAGAAGAGACAAAGAUUGAAGACAGUGGGAGCCACUAAUUACAACAGCAACCCCAAACAAAACAUGGAAUACUUGAACGAGCAGAUAGCGUAUCAUAGAAAACAAGUGCAGCAGUACAAGGAAGUUUCGCUAUGGAGCCAAACAUUGGACAAAACCGUUGGGAUCAUGGCUAAGCUUGUUUGCAUUGUAUACGCUAGAAUAUGUUCUGUUUUUGGAGGCUACAUUUCUAAUUGCAACUGCUAUGAAAUCAAUGAUGUUGACAACAACAACAACAAUUGUUGUUGCCUCUUGGAACACCGCGAGUUGUACAAGAAAAAUUAUUGUCUUUAUGAAGAAUCACUUCAGAAGCGUGUCACAAGAUCAGGUCCUAUUCCCAAGGCUAGUAAUAACAACAAAACCGGUGUGAUACGGUUCUUGAACCGUGACGGUGAAGUUGAUAGGCCAAAGAGUAGCGUUAAUAAUAGGGUUUUGAGGCUGGCGCCGCCAUCGACGGUGGGCGGGGCGGGGCUGGCGGUGAGGUAUGCGGAGGUGAUUUUGUCAGCAGAGCAGUGGUUGCACGCUCCGGCAACGGUGGGGCAGGACGCGCGGGAGGGGUUGUAUGAGAUGUUGCCGGACAGGGUGAGGCAAAAGGUGGCGGCGAAGCUGAGGGGGCGGUGGAGGAGGGAGGAGGAGGGGGAGGCGCUGUCAGAGGGGUGGCGGGACGCGGUGGAGGAGAUGUUGGAGUGGCUGUCGCCGGUGGCGCAGGACACGAUGCGGUGGCAGGUGGAGAGGAGCAUGGAGACGGGGAGGUUUGAGGCGAAGACGACGGCGUUGCUGCUGCAGACGCUGCAUUACUCCGACUUGGAGAAGGCGGAGGCGGCCAUUGUGGAGGUGUUGGUGGGGUUGAGUUGCAUAUAUUGGUGUGAGAGAAGGUGAAUUUAGAAUGGAGAAAUUUUAUUACAUGGAUUAAGAACACACAUGUUUAUGAUCAGGACUAAUUAAUGUGCGCUAACACCUAUUCAAAAAUUAUGACUACGAAUGAAGUUUGAAACUAGGUAUAAGUAUGGUUUUAAAUUGCGUUCAAGUACUAGUAGGGACUUGUGUUAUAGCGCUAUGGAUGAAGUUUGAAAUUUAGAGUAAGGGAAAACGAUGCAUGGAAAUGAUAUAAUAGUUAGACAAGGAUUUUAAUUUGGAGCCCCUUUUGAUUGAUUUUAUUUUAUUUUUUUUAUAAUUACUAGUUAGUGCUACUAAUGAUUGGUAAGAACAUUUUUGUCUACAGAGAAGUUAGCAUAGAGUGAAAUAAACGAAUGUCCAAGUUGUGUUCUUGUUUUUGUCUUAGAAGGAUAUCGGAAUAAUAUUGAGAGAAAA